UCUUCGAACAAGGACUCUUCUUAUACAGACACAUGCUUCAUCCUUAUGGGUUGUGAUAACUUGACCAACAGCAACGGGACUUUGCCUGCUAGGCUCCCUUACACUGUGCAGACUUCUGUGCCUCUGACAAUACUGGUGGGUAUCCUUAUUCUACUCACAGUGUUCGGCAAUGUCCUAGUGGUCAUCGCUGUGUUCACCAGCCGGGCCCUAAGAGCCCCUCAGAACUUGUUUUUAGUGUCCUUAGCAUGUGCAGACAUUUUAGUGGCCACUCUGGUAAUGCCCUUUUCUCUGGCUAAUGAACUGAUGGGAUAUUGGUACUUUGGUCAAGUGUGGUGUGAGAUCUACCUGGCCCUGGAUGUUCUGUUCUGCACCUCGUCCAUCACACAUCUGUGUGCGAUAAGUCUGGACAGAUACUGGUCGGUCACUCAAGCCAUUGAGUACAACUCAAAAAGGACGCCACGCAGGAUCAAAUGUAUAGUGUUAUUUGUGUGGGUGCUGGCUGCCAUUAUAUCAUUCCCACCUCUCAUUUCGAUGGAGAAGGAAGGAGCCAAAGAGGAGGGUCCCACAUGUAAGAUCAAUGAGGAGAAGUGGUACAUCAUAUUCUCCAGCACCGCCUCAUUCUUUGCCCCAUGUGUGAUCAUGAUUUUGGUGUACGUUCGAAUUUACCAGGUUGCCAAGAAGAGAACCAGGGCCCCUCCAGGUGAGAGGAGAAGAGAAAACAAUAAUCCAGAGAAAAGUCAGUAUGGCUUAGUUCAGCAGGACCCUUUGGAGAAAGGGAACAAAGGAGGGAGAGAUGGAGUGGAGGAGGACGAAGAGGUCAAUGGACUAAAUAUGGAGGAAGAGUGCUCCUCGUCUGAUGGGAAUGAGAACCAGUGCUCCAUCAAAAUGAAGCGGAGCAAGGAAAAGACCAAAGUGUGUCAGGUGAAACUAGGAGAACCGUCCCCUAAAGGUGAUGAUGCACAGCAGUAUGUGAAAGUGAGCCGGUGGAAAGGAAGGCAGAACAGAGAGAAGCGCUUCACAUUUGUUCUGGCUGUGGUCAUGGGAGUGUUUGUUGUCUGCUGGUUCCCCUUCUUCUUCACGUACACACUCACCGCAAUAUGUGACUCUUGCUGUGUCCCUGAGUCAUUGUUCAAUUUCUUUUUCUGGUUCGGAUACUGCAAUAGCUCGCUGAAUCCAGUCAUAUACACUAUAUUCAACAAUGACUUCAGGAGGUCUUUCAAAAAGAUCCUUUGCAAAAGGGAUCGACAAGGGCUAUGAAUAAGCUUUUUUUGGACUAGCUACUAUUUCCUGUCUGAAUCCAGAUUUCAUUGUUUACAAGUUGGAGUCAUAUACAGUCUCUUAUGGAAAGAAAAUGUACCUAUUUUGAAAAACUUCCCAACUUCCCAAAAUGUUCCAUAUUCAGUUCGGUCCCACUGGGCACACAUUGGUUGAAUCAAUGUUGUUUCAACGUAAUUUCAAUGAAAUUACGUAGAACCAAUUUGGAAUAUACGUUAAAUUGACGUUUGUGCCCAGUGGGGUGCUGCAAGCAAACUGUGAUCAAUUUGUAAUGCAUCUGUUACUGUUUUUAUGUGUGUGUCAAUGUACAACCGUUUUGAGUUCAUUACAAUCUUUAAUCCCACUACAACCAUUUAGAUGUAUUUGACUUUGAAACUCAUGAAUGCCAUGUUGUUUAUUACUUCACGCAUGUUGUGAGGGAGCUGGCUAAUAUCUCCAUGGAUCUUGCUUAAUAAAAAUACAUUUUAAAAAGUAUGUUUUUAUUAUCACAUACUCCGGAUAGGUGCAGUGAAAUGUCUCGUUUUACAGGAUCAGCCAUGGUAGUAUGGUGACCCUGGAGCUAAAUAUUUUUCACCCAGUAGGCUCUGGGAUUCAAACCAGCAACCUUUCUGUUACUGGCCCAACCCUCUAACCACUAGGCUAACUGCUGCCCAUAAUGUAAUGCUAAAUGUUAAUAUCUAGGCUAUACUUCUUUCAUGCAUAAUGUCAAGGAGCAUAUGCAUGUAUUAUGAAUAAACAUAUUUAAGCAUGUCUUCCCUGAAUAUUACAGUAUUCCCUGAAUAUUACAGUAAAUUCUAUAAGCAUACAUGCAUUGGGAUACCAAUUGAGUUUGAGUGGUAUGAUUUUUGUACAUUAUGUAAAUGUUCCAGAAAACCAGUACUAUAACUCAAAACCCUACGCUCUAAACGUGUUCAUUGUAUUCUACCUACUGAAUAAGGACAAUGUUUCAACCUUCAUGUACCAUAUUGCACAGACCCAGAGGAGAUAACAGAAAGAGAUCCCUGGUUUCCCACAUGGCAAGACAGACUGAAUCAUCCUACUGCAGACAUCCCUACCAGUAUAAUUGGAUUAUUUCUGUCUUUAUCAGUAGCGAGAGGAAACACCAUGCCAGUAAUCCACCCAGAAUCAACUGAUUUUAUGGUGCAUGCUAAAUACAGUAUAUUAUUUAUAUGAUCUUUCACUCACAGCCUUAAAAUAGGCAGGAUGAACACAAAAGAAGAAAAGGUUAUAAUUUCUUUCAGUAAAACAUCAGUACAUUAAAGGAAAAGUCCACCCCACAAAUAUAUUUUGGUAUUUGUUUCAUUAGCCCAUUGUUGAGUCUCAAAAUGUUUUGCUUGUCACCGAUCAAGUUUUCAAGAUA